GCAAAGAUGGAAGGAAGGAGAGGAAAGAACAAAAAUCAGGAGUGGUCGUUUCGAAGACGAAACACAUCGACUCAUCUUCCUCACAAGAAAUAAUCAAAAUCAAAAUCAAAAUCAAAAUCAAAAUCAAAAGCUUUCACUUUUCUGUUGAUCUCUUUGUUAUCGUUCCUUUCUCGCAAUCCCGUACCAUUGGGGCUAGAUUCUUUCGUCCUCCCAUUUCAAUUUCUCCUCUGAAUUAUAGUUGAAAUUGACAGGUCUCUCUUACCCUUUUCUUGGUGUUCCUCCGAAGACAUAAAGUUGGAAUCUUUCUCUACAUUUGUGUUGAUUUAUCGAUAGUUCUAUGGUCCGAUUUAGGGUUUGACUUGAUGAAGAAAAGGGGCAUGGGACUAGACUCGAUCGGGUUUCUCCGUUAGUCUUCGCAAACUUGUGGUUUCUGAGAAAGUUUAGUGUGGUCAAUUGAGGUUUUUUUGGGUGCUUCUACUUUGUUUCGUACGGAUCAUGGAUGACAUUGGUGGUGGAGCUCGUGAGAUGGGCUCUGGAGUUGCAUCAACACCGUGGCAGCCAAUUCAGCUAGUUUUCAAGCGUUAUUUCCCACAUAAUGGCUCUGAUAUCAGACCUCAGACAUUGCGUGCUACUGUGAAGAAGAAGGCGGUAGUGGAGAGACUAACUAGGGGCUUGGUUGAGACAUACAAAACAUGCAAUCCACAGUUCAAAUAUAGAGGAGAGUUGAAUCCCAAGCGGUACUUGACUACCCCAUCGGUUGGUGUGCUCAAUGAUGGCUUUGAUAAUGUCAACUCCGACCUAAUUCUGGCUGUAAAUGAUGAUUUCUGCAGUUCAGAUUCACGGCAUAGGUACAUUGUCAAAGACCUUCUUGGCCAUGGGACUUUUGGCCAGGUUGCUAAAUGCUGGGUUCCUGAGACAAACAGCUUUGUUGCUGUGAAAGUAAUAAAAAACAAGCCUGCAUACUAUCAGCAGGCGCUGGUUGAAGUAUCUAUUUUGACAACGCUAAACAAGAAGUAUGAUCCAGAGGAUAAGCACCAUAUUGUUCGCAUAUACGACUACUUCUUACAUCAACGUCAUUUAUGCAUAUGCUUUGAACUUCUCGACAUGAAUCUGUAUGAGCUCAUAAAGAUAAAUCAAUUUAGAGGCCUCUCGUUAAGCAUAGUCCAGCUCUUUUCUAAGCAGAUCUUACUUGGUUUGGCCCUUUUGAAAGAUGCUGGCAUAAUCCAUUGUGAUCUGAAGCCAGAGAAUAUCCUUCUGUGUACCAGUGUGAAGCCAACUGAAAUUAAGAUAAUCGACUUUGGAUCAGCGUGCAUGGAAGUUAAGACUAUAUACUCUUAUAUUCAGAGUCGUUACUACAGAUCGCCGGAAGUUUUACUUGGGUACCGAUACACUACAGCUAUCGACAUGUGGUCUUUUGGCUGCAUUGUGGCCGAGCUGUUUCUUGGAUUGCCACUGUUUCCAGGAGCUUCAGAAUUUGAUAUCUUGAAGCGUAUGAUUGAAAUACUGGGGAAGCAACCACCUGAUUAUGUGCUCAAGGAAGCAGAACAUACGAAUAAAUUCUUUAAAUGUGUUGGGAGUGUCCACAAUUUGGGGAAUGGUGGAACUUAUGGUGGCCUCAAAAGUGCUUAUAUGGCACUGACGGAAGAAGAAUUUGAAGCUAGAGAAAAGAAAAAGCCAGAAAUUGGGAAAGAGUACUUCCGCCAUAAGAACCUUGAAGAAAUUGUUAAAGGCUAUCCUUACAAGAUAAACUUGCCUGAAGACGAUGUAGUCAAAGAAACUCAGAUCCGGUUAGCUCUUAUUGACUUUCUGAGAGGACUUGUUGAAUUUGAUCCAACAAAACGUUGGUCACCUUUUCAGGCUGCUAAGCACCCUUUUAUCACUGGGGAACCUUUUACGUGCCCAUACAACCCUCCUCCAGAAACACCUCAUGUGGUAUCAGGGAUAACCAGAAUGCCCAUGCAAAAUAGUCCCCAUUUUCAGAUGUUUCCUUAUUCACAUGCAAAUAGCUACGGAAGUAUCGGAAGCUAUGGUAGCUACAAUGAUGGCACUAUUCAGGGAAAUAGCUACGGAGAGAACGGCAAUAUGUUUGCCUAUUAUUCUCCUGUGAAUCAUACUGGCCUAUACAUGCAAAACCAAGGUGGUGUCCCAAUGCUUGGAACUAGUCCUGAUGCCAGACGUAGGGUUAUGCAGUACCCACAUGGACAUGGCCUUGGUACAAGUCCAUCCGCUGGAAAUUUUGCUCCUCUACCCCUUGGCACUAGUCCGUCACAGUUUACUCCACCGAAUACAAACAAUCAAUUUUUUGCUGGCUCUCCUGGACACCAUGGUCCGACAUCUCCAGUAAGAAACAGUUGUCACGGGUCUCCCUUAGGAAAAAUGGCUGCAUUCAGUCAGUUCAACCGAAGAAAGGGCGUUGGAUAUUCUGGAGGUUCUCAGUCUCAGGAUUUUUCCUUAUCACAAGCGCAAGGGCAUGCGAUCGAUAAUUUUAAUCAAAGUGAGGGGUACUCUACACAUAACGUUUACAGCUCAUCUCUCCGGUUCAAUACGUAUAACCCUUCCAGUACUGGACCCCAUCUUGAAAAUCCGGAUAAUACCUUAUCAGUGCCUGAUCCAGGAGACUGGGACCCAAAUUACAGUGAUGAAUUGCUUCUACAAGAAGAUAGCGCAGAUGAGAGUGUCAUUGCUAAUGCAUUCAGCAGAAGUAUGCAACUUGGUUCAACAGAUGCCUCCAGUUCCAGAAGGUUCAACAGCAGUGCCUCGGCCUCAUCAUCAAAUCUGGCAACCCAAAGGAGAUAUGUUGUCAAUCAAGCCUUUUCGCAAGUAGAGAAUGGCAGCCCUCCAAGUAAUGAUCCUCGUGCCAGAUUUGGCCAACUUAUGCCAGGAUCACAAUUCACUCCUCAUGUCUCCCAGAAUUCUCCAAGUCGCUUAGGGCAGCAGCCUCAACGGGUCUAUCAUGGGAGACCAAAUGCUGGAAGAGCGAUGGAUCGGAAUCACAUCAAUGCACAGCUUCCUCCGUCCAACAGUAAUUAUGGGGGUCAACGCUCACCCAGAAGUAGCUCAUAUACCAAUGGUGUCCCUUGGGGAGGACGUAGGACUAACAACCAUCAUGUCCCGAAUGUUCCUUCGACGUCUCAUGGAAGGAUGGAUUAUGGAAGUAUUGCCUAAUUUCGCGCUUUCAACUCUCAUUUAUUUUGUUCUUUCUCUUGGUGUGCAAAUCUUCUUGUUGGAAGUUUCGGAACAAAGUUUGUACUGAGACAAAGAAGAAACAAAUACUAGUUCAUGGCUUGUGGGCUUUUGAUAAGAAGAUGCUCAUUCAUUGUGCCUGUUGCACAAAUAAACCUAAAACAAAAAAAAAAAAUGUUACUGAUAUUGUUGGUUUAUUAAUAGGAAUUUCGUAUUGAUACUGAA